UGAAAUUUAAACAGGAGGACUAACAAUGAUUAUUAUUCUUUUACAGUUGGGAAAACUGAGGCCACAGUGGGUCGCCACUAGCCCAAGGUGUUAUCACCACGUUGUAAAUCAGGGCUUCCCUCCGACGGCCUUACAGGAACUCCAGCUCCCUGAACUGAGAACUGUCCCAUUAUACAAAUAGCCGCUCCCUUUCGUCCGGCUUUGGGCGCAGUCUGACAUCACAGAAGAGCUGCCUUGCCUCACCCCGCCCCUUCUGAAGCCCCGCCCCCUGCCCGGCUCCGCCUCGCUCGGCGUUCGUCAAGCCCCGCCUCCAGCGCUCGUCCCCGCGCGGGUAGCCCUGGAGUGCCCCGCGCGGCCUCUCUUCCGGCCCCGCCCCUCCUGGCUGCCAUGACAACGAGUCUGCGCCCCGCGCUCAGCUGCUUCUCCGGCGGAACCCAGGCUGGACCGCGGGCCCCGGCCUGGGGGCCACUGCUGCCACCGCCGCCGCCACCUCGUCUCCUCCCCGUCCCCGCCCAGCCCCAGGUCUCCCCGCCUCACUCGAGCCCGUGUCCGGGGUCACUCCCCGCCGCCCUUCCCCGCACGGAUGCCGAAGGUGAAGGCGCUGCAGUGCGCCCUGGCGCUGGAGAUCAGCUCAGUAACUUGCCCAGGAGUCGUGCUUAAAGACAAAGAGGACAUCUAUCUUAGCAUCUGUGUGUUUGGCCAAUACAAAAAGACACAAUGUGUCCCAGCCACUUUUCCCCUGGUCUUCAAUGCCAGAAUGGUGUUUGAAAAGGUGUUCCCGGAAGCAGUAGAUCCUGGAGAUGUGGUUACACAGCUUGAAUAUGAUACAGCAGUGUUCGAGUUGAUACAGCUAGUUCCACCAGUGGGUGAAACACUGUCUACGUAUGACGAAAAUACACGCGAUUUCAUGUUUCCGGGUCCAAACCAAAUGUCUGGACACCAUGAUUCAAACCGCCAGGUUACCAUGAGGAGGAUUUCUGGCCUUCGAGGAAAUGCUCCAAAGCUGGAAUUUUCUACCACUUCAGUGAUUACUGAAUGUCUGAUAAGUUCAAGGAAAUGCCGCACUCAGGAUAAAUAUAUUUACCAUUUGGCUCCAGUUGAAAAAUCACAUGGCAGACUGCAAAACAGAACAUCAAGAUCACAAAAGAAAAAAUCCAAGUCACCUGAGAGAAGUAAAUACUGUAUAAAUGCAAAAAACUACGAACAGCCUACAAUUUCUUCAAAAUCACACUCUCCAUCUCCCUACACAAAAAGACGCAUGUGUGAGCUAUCUGAAGACACCAGGCGGCGGCUGGCCCAUUUAAAUCUGGGACCCUAUGAGUUCAAAAAAGAAACAGAUAAACCUCCAUUUGUGAUUAGACAUGUUGAUCCCCCAAGUCCCAGGGCUGAUACUUUAUUUGGAUCUUCUGGAAGAGACUGUGAAAGAGAUGGAUGGUCAAGGGUGCACAAUGAUCAUUCUCAUCUUGGCUGCUGCCAACCCAAGGAUUAUAAGGUUAUCAGGACACACCAUGGGAGAGACUUCGAUGACUCUUUAGAAAAAUGUGAAGAGUAUUUGAGCCCAAGGUCGUGUAGUAAGCCCCAGCAUUCAGCGAGGACCUUACUAGUCCAUUCAGCACCCUCAACAAUGCCAAAGCAUUCUCCAAGCCCUGUGUUAAAUAGAGCUUCUCUCAGGGAAAGGUUUCAUUCUGAUUGGUGUUCACCUUCAAACUGCGAUGAGAUCCAUGACCGGGUAAAAAAUGUCUUGAAAUCACAUCAGGCUCAUCAAAGACAUUUAUAUGAUGAGAGAGACCUAGAGAAAGAUGAUGAACUGGAACUGAAAAGAAGUCUUUUAUAUAGAGACUCUGCCUGUGACAGUGACCCCGAGUAUAGCUCAUGUCAGCAGCCACGUGGCACUUUCCAUUUGGAUGAUGGUGAAUACUGGUCCAACAGGGCAGCCUCUUAUAAGGGAAAAUCCCACCGACCCGUCUUUGAGAACAGCAUGGACAAGAUGUACAGGAACUUAUACAAAAAGGCUUGUAGUUCUGCUUCACAUACACAGGAAAGCUUCUGAGACCAUCCAUGAUAAACCUCAUGAGUGUCCGUGUCAACUUCUCAAUGAAAAUGUUUGAUGUGAUCAAUAUCUGUAUUCCUUUUUUUAAAAAGGGAUUAUAUCUAAGUACAGUAGUUAUACUUGAAUAAGUUCAUUACUUCAAAUGGUAAAUUAUCUUAGGCAAGCCUUUUAAAAUAAUUAUUACAGAAGAGUCUGCUGUGUUGCAAACAUUAGAGCUCUGUCACACAGUCACAUCUUCCAAUAUGUGACAAGGAUAUUCUGUUACAUGUACAUCUCAUAUUACAUCUGCAAAUCCAAGAAUAGUUCCUUUCUAGAAAUGUUUUUUUUUGCCUCACCUUGCAAUUUUCUUUUCAUCUACUUAACUGGUUAUCUUGUCUGUGUAAGAUUUAAUUAAUGUUGACUAGCUUUUCUUGGUGAUGAACAAAAUGAUAUCCUAUACAGAAAUGAAUUUCCUAAGGGUUUAAAACCUGUUUUCACUAACAUUUUCUACUUCUUCCUUUUUCAGAACAGGCUAUUAUAUUUCUUAGCUCAUAGGCUUUCUUUUUAAAGACUAUAUGAUCAUUCACUUCUUCUCUGGAAGAACUAUCUAAGUUGCUUAAAAUGCAUAGCAGUUAGCUAGAAAUAUCAGUGGCCAUGGAUUAUCGAAAAUUUGAAUAACUAAUUUUUAAAGAUAAAAUUCUUUGCAUGAUUUUUUUUCUAGGGCCAUACCUUUUGGUGCAACCAGAAUCAGAAAAUGGCCUCUGUUAGUAAGCUUAUAGAAACCUAAAAAUAAUAAUGAAAUUAUAUUGUAAUUCGACUGCUUGGAAUUUGUGUAAGUACCAUAUGGCCCAAGACACUAUUAUAGUAUCCUCACUUUAAAAAAAAACACUUGGAACCACAAUGCGAGUAAAAUAUUAUAGCAGAGCGCUUUGUGGGAGGCACUGAAAAUGUUGUUGAUUGAUGGAUAGAAUUAACUUCUCCUCCCCCACCCCAACACACACCUGUGAAGCCAAUAAUACUAUGAAGAUAUAAAGAAAUCAGCUACUUUAUAUUUAAUAGAGAGUGAGGGGAGGGAGAGGAGAGAGUAGGAAUAAGUGAACUGGGCUUAUAGUCUUGAAGAGUUGACUAAAAGAUAAUAUUUUCUCAUUGACUCUGUUUUUGGUUAAUUUUACAGUUAUGAUUGAAAAAGAACAAAAUGAACUUCCUUUAAAAUGAAAUUAAAAUGUGAAACUUGGUGACU